AUGAAGCUGGCUCUCUUUCUGCCCUGGGCGUGCUGCUGCCUCUGCGGGUCGGCGCUGGCCACCGGCUUCCUCUACCCCUUCCCGGCCGCAGCCCUGCAGCAGCACGGCUACCCCGACCCGGGCGGCUCCCCGGGCACCGGCUACGGGGGCCGCCGGCACUGGUGCCAUCACACGGUAACACGGACGGUGUCCUGCCAGGUGCAGAACGGCUCGGAGACAGUGGUCCAGCGCGUGUACCAGAGCUGCCGGUGGCCCGGGCCCUGUGCCAACCUUGUGAGGACUCUGAUCAGACCCACAUACAGAGUGUCCUACCGAACAGUGACAGCGCUGGAGUGGAAGUGCUGCCCUGGCUUUACUGGGAGCAACUGUGACGAGGAAUGCAUGAACUGUACCCGGCUCAGCGACAUGAGUGAGCGACUGAUCACGCUGGAGGCCAAGGUUCUCCUGCUGGAAGCAGCAGAGCGUCCCUCAAGCCCAGACAAUGACCUGCCGGUCCCCCAGAGCACCCCACCGCCCUGGAAUGAGGACUUCCUCCCUGACGCUAUCCCUCUCGCCCACCCAGGGCCCCGAAGAAGGCCCACAGGCCCAGCCGGGCCCCCGGGGCAGACAGGACCGCCGGGGCCUGCAGGCCCCCCAGGCUCCAAAGGCGACCGGGGCCAGGCAGGAGAGAAAGGCCCGGCAGGGCCUCCUGGCCUUUUGGGGCCACCAGGGCCCCGUGGGCUACCUGGAGAGAUGGGGCGCCCCGGACCCCCUGGCCCCCCCGGCCCAGCAGGCAGCCCGGGGCUCCCUCCAAAUGGCCCCCAAGGCGUCCUCUACUCCCUGCAGCCACCUACGGACAAGGACAAUGGAGACUCACAGCUGGCUUCUGCCGCCGUGGACACGGUGCUGGCCGGUGUCCCAGGACCCCGGGGUCCCCCCGGCCCUCCAGGUCCCCCAGGACCACAUGGUCCCCCAGGACCCCCAGGUGCACCUGGAUCCCAGGGCCUGGCUGGAGAGCGAGGCAUGACGGGGCCAUCUGGCGAGCCUGGCCGGAAGGGGGAAGAAGAGGAGAAAGCUGCCGCAGAGGGUGAGGGGGUGCAGCAGCUGCGGGAGGCCUUGAAGAUCCUGGCAGAGAGAGUCCUCAUCCUGGAGCACAUGAUAGGGAUCCACGAUCCCCUGGCCUCCCCUGAGGGGGGCUCUGGCCAGGAUGCCGCCCUGAGAGCCAACCUCAAAAUGAAGCGUGGUGGCGCCCCCCCGGAUGGCUCCCUCGCUGCCCUGCUUGGCCCCAGCCCCGUGCAGAAGAGCACAAGCCAGGCCAGCAGCGGGAAGUAG